AUGUGCCUCUUCAACGACUGCCCGCAUCCCGCGACGUUGCCGUCCAUGAAGUGCACGUUCCACAAAGGUCGAGGCAAGUGUCGUAUGCCUGACUGCCACAACCAAGUGUACGCGAGGAAGCUGUGCGUCCGCCACGGCGGCAAGAAGAUCUGUCUGCUACCACACUGUACGGCCCACGCCCGAGGCAACGCCUUCUGCCUCAAGCAUGGGGGCGUGGCCAAGCGGCGGACGUGCGAAGUCGACGGCUGCGUCAAGCUAGCCCACGCCAACCACAAAUGCGUGGCCCACGGAGGGGGUCGGUACUGCAAGUCCCCUGGCUGCUCGUUUCACGCGCGGUUCGCAGGGCUGUGUCUGCAGUGCAAUUCGGAUCUAACCCCCCUCGACCUCCGGAACCACGUGAUGUUACCCCUAGACGACGUGGACUUCUCGAUUUUGCAAGUGCUGGCCAAAGAAUUCACAUCCAAGCGUGUGCAAAAUAGGCAAGCCUCAUCGUCGUGGGAUGUUGGGACUCAAUAUGGUCGAAGCUUAAACGUCAUGAUUUAA